CACACACACACACACACACUCAAUCACGACUUAAGGCUUUAUCCCGGAGCUCACGUGGUCUGGUCACAUGCUGGGUGCCGUAGCCAAGGAGAACGUUUGUUUACUUCCGGGUUGUGUGUGUCGGACUCACCCGAACACACACUCUGCUCCUCUCCUCCAAAGCCGAUUACACUCAGAAGGGAUGGCCGGAGACACUGAAGACGAGAUACCCGAAUCAGGGGCGGUCUUCACGUUUGGGAAGAGCAAGUUCGCCGACAACAUGCCGGGUAAAUUCUGGCUGAAGAACGACGUCCCGCAAAACAUCGCAUGCGGCGACGAGCACACAGCAUUAGUUACAGAGAAUGGGAAGCUGUUUGUGUUCGGGAGCAACAAUUGGGGCCAGCUGGGUCUGGGCUCCAAAUCCAGCGUCACCAAGCCCACCUGUGUGAAAGCCUUGAAGUCUGAGAAAGUACGACUUGUGGCUUGCGGAAGAAACCACACUAUCAUCUGUACAGCCCAGGGUGCGGUGUACUCCACGGGGGGGAACAGCGAGGGCCAGCUGGGGCUCGGUGACUGUGACGAGCGAAUGGCCUUUCAGCAAAUCAAGUUCUUCAGCUCCAAGCGGCCAAUCAGAAUGCUCGCUGCCGGUUCGAAUACCUCGGCCGCGCUGACCGAGAGUGGCCGUCUGUACAUGUGGGGGGACAACACCGAGGGGCAGAUCGGCCUGGGGCAGGAGGGGGGUGCCACCACCCCCCAGGAGGUCAGCGUGGGCCAGCCCGUGGCAUGGGUCUCCUGCGGGUACUACCACUCGGCCUUCGUCACGGCUAGCGGUGGCCUGUACACGUUUGGCGAGGGUGACAGCGGUAAGCUCGGCCUGGAGCCCAACCAGCUGCCCGGCCACCGUGCUCCCCAGCUGGUGAAGGGGGUCCCAGGGCCGGUGAGCCAGGUGUUCUGCGGCGGGGGGCACACGGUGGUCCUCGCAGAAGAGGGGGUCUACACCUUCGGCCUGGGCCAGUUCGGGCAGCUGGGCCAUGGGACGUUCGUGUUUGAGUCCCGAUCCCCCCACGGGGUGGAGCACUUCAGGAGGGGGCGGGCCGCUGGGGUCUCCUGUGGGGAGAAUCACACGGCCGUCAUCACAGAGAGCGGCCUGCUCUACACAUUUGGAGAUGGUCGCCACGGCAAGCUGGGCCUGGGGGAGGAGAACUUCACCAACCAGUUCCAGCCCACACUCUGCCCCCACUUCCUGCAGUACCGCGUCCAGGCAGCAGCAUGCGGCGGCUGCCACCUGGUGGUGCUGGCACGACCCCGCGACCCCACCCUCGACCCCGUGACACUAGAGGAGGAGGACCUGACCGAGGACUACCUAGAGGGCGGCGGCCUGGAGAUCCUGGGGGACACGGUCACCACGACAACCACCUCCACCCUCCAGAGGAGCCUCUCGGCCCGGGUCCGCAGGAGAGAGAGGGAACGCUCCCCGGACCAGUUCGGCGCCAUGUUCCGUACGCUGCCUGCCCGGACGCCGGCCUACCUCAACCCGCCCCUUCCUGUCCACACCAACACAGUCCCGCCCCCACGCCUGGCCCCGCCCUCGUCGCUGCCAUUGGCCCACAGACAGGUGCACAACGGCAUGCACCAACACCAGGAGGCUGACAGCGUUCUGGACGGACUGACGGACACAGACAGCGUCAGGGGGCUGGGGGACACCGCUGACUUCCUCAACAUGACGCAUCUCUUGAAGGUGGACCCCAACGAUCAGUCACUAACAAUGUCCCCCGUUCAAAAGAGGAAGGGUAAGCACACCGACGAUAAGGGCGUCCGAGGGGGGCCCAAGAAAGAGAACCGGGAGACCGGGAUCAAGGGCCCACAGACCCCCUGGGGGCUCCAGCACUCAACACAGAAGGGGGACUGCAGCCCCCACCGGGCCCUGCCUACAGAGCUCUUAAAGAGCUGGGGCCAGUCGGACCCCCAGGGGCCCCGACCUUCAUCCAAUCCCCAGGGGCCCCGACUUUCAUCCAAUCCCCAGGGGCCCCGACCAUCAUCCAAUCCCAAGGGCCCCCGACCUUCAUCCAAUCCCCAUGGUUCCCAGAAAUUGGACACAAAAAAUCAGACUUUGUCACACCUUAAAACGAAAACGAAGGAAAAGGCACAAAGCGCCGCGGUUCCGGUCCAAAGGUCGGAGGUCGAGUUGGAACCCGCCGAGCUCAAUCCGCCUCGCUCGCCCAAGGGAGCAAAGGCCAAAGGCCGGCCACUAAUGGUUCAGACAAAACGCUCCGGCGGAGAUCCAAAGUCUUCGGCCGACAAAGCGUCCAAUCUCAAAUCCGACGAUGUGUCGUCACUUCCUGUCGAUGACAGGAAGCCGACCCCCCCGGCCAGGAAACGACCGGGGGGGUGGAAGCAGGAAAAGGAAUCGCUGAACAGGAAGGAGGCGGGGGAGGAGGGCGAGGCAAAGCCGUCGCGAGGACUCGGACCGGGCGUGGCCGGCGUCGUCAUGGCGACCACCGCAGCCGCGGUUGCCGGCGCUGUCGUCGGGGGAGUAGUCACGCAGGUGGCAUCUGGUUGGGACUCCCCCCCGGCCACCUCGCCAGACCGGCGGGAGAGAGAGCACCGGUCUCGGAGCGAGGAGGAGGAGCAGGAGGAGGAGGAGGAGGAGGAGGAGGAGCAGGAGCAGGAGCAGGACCCUUCUCCCAGGAGGCAGACCUCCGUCAGUGUCGAGACCCCUCCUCCUGGUGGUGCAGAAGGGGUGGAGACGGGAAGUGCCGAGGAGGAAGAGGUGGCGGCCACUACCAAGGGCCAAUCGGAGAGCAGCGUGGCCGACAUGCUCUCAGCCAAUGAGGAGGAGGAGGAAGAGGAGGAGGAGGAGAAGGGGAAAGACACGAGUGUGAGCGAAGAGGAGGAGCAGGAGGAGGAAGGGGGAAGUCAUAGCAGCUCAGUGGUUACAGCGAGAGAGGAGGAGGAGGAGGAAGGACGAGGUCUUAGCGGCUCUGAGGUCACAGGGAGAGAAGAGGAGGAUGAUGAGGAAGGACGAGGCCUUAGCGGCUCUGAGGUCACAGGGAGAGAAGAGGAGGAGGAGGAGGAAGGACGAGGCCUUAGCGGCUCUGAGGUCACAGGGAGAGAAGAGGAGGAGGAGGAAGAGGAGGAGGAAGGACGAGGUCUUAGCAGCUCUGAGGUCGCAGGGAGAGAAGAGGAGGAAGAGGAGGAGGAGGAAGGACGAGGUCUUAGCGGCUCUGAGGUCACAGGGAGAGAAGAGGAGGUGGAGGAGGAGGAGAGCUCCACCUUGCGGCCAACGGAGGACGAAGACGACGAAGACACCACCGACCAGCAGGUUGAGGAAGAAGAGGAGGAGGAGGAGGAGGAGGAGGAGGAUGGAAUGAAGGGCAGCUUGGCCGGGACAGAGGAGGAGGAGGAGGAAGAUUCUGAAACCCAGGGAGAGGAGGAAGAGGAGGAGAGUGCAUCUUCGGAGGUGGAGGAGGAGGAGGAGGAGGAGGAGGAGACGGAUGAGAAGGAGACGGGGAGCGCCACUGACGAAGAACCGGAGCAGGAGGAGGAGGAGGAGGAGGAGGAGGAGGAGGAAGAGGAGACGGAUGAGAAGGAGACGGGGAGCGCCACUGACGAAGGACCGGAGGAGGAGGAGGAAGAGGAGACGGCGAGCAGCACCCAGGAGGAAGACGGCAGCGACGAAGAGGAGGGCAGCCAAACUGAGGAAGAGGAGGAGGAAGGAGCAGAGGAGGAGGAGGAAGGAGGUGAGGAAGAACAGGAGAGCGAAGACACCGAGGAAGAGGAGGAGGAGGAGGGAAGAGACAACAAAGAAGAGGAGGAGGAAGAUGAUAGUGAAAAGGAGGAGGAAGAUGACAGUGAAGAGGAGGAGGAAGAGAGUAAGGAAGAGGAGGAGGAGGAGGAGGAGGAAGAGGAGACGGCGAGCAGCACCCAGGAGGAGGACAGCAGCGACGAAGAGGAGGGCAGCCAAACUGAGGAAGAGUGGGAGGAAGGAGCAGAGGAGGAGGAGGAAGGAGAUGAGGAAGAACAGGAGAGCGAAGACACAGAGAAAGAGGAGGAGGAGGAGGGAAGAGACAAGGAAGAAGAGGAGGAGGAAGAUGAUAGUGAAAAGGAACAGGAAGAUGACAGUGAAGAGGAGGAGGAAGAGAGUGAGGAAGAGGAGGAAGAGAGUGAGGAAGAAGAUGAAGGGAAGGAGGAGGAGGUGGAGAAAAAAGGGACUAAAUCCAGUGAAAAACAGAGCACCAAGUUGACCAAUAAGAGCCAGCCCCCGUCCAGAAGGAGAGGCGGAGCUACCGGAGAACCGGAAGAGUUCUGGGGCGACGUGAUGCCCCAAUACCUCCACCUGAAAUGACGGCCAUCUUGACAUCUUUACAUUUAGGCCUUGUUCCAAAACGACUUACAACCGUUCACAAACACAUUCACACACCGGCGGCAGAGUCCACCCCUCUGGGCGACCGCAACCUUCUGACGGGGAUCCGUUCGGGUGAGGUGCCUUGCUCAGGGACACCUAGACACUAGGCCAUCUGUACCGUGCCCAAGUCCGUUUGACACCUCUGCGCCCCUAAAGUCUAGAUCGCAAGCCAACCGUGCACAAGUACAGUUAAAUUCCGUGGCCUGAGUACACAUCGAAGAGGUCUGCUCAGGCCACGGUACAGAUGCUAAUGAGCCGACACGCGAAUCGUACUUCAGUACGGUACAGGUGUCAAACGGACAUGGGCACGGUACAGAUGUACUAGUGUGAGUGCGCCCUCAGUUACACCUCGACACUCAGCUAGGAGGAGCCGAGGAUCGAACUAGCAACCUUACAGUUUCAAGUCAACCCGCUCCAUGGAAAAGUGACUCACCGGUUGGGAAUAACUCCUUAGCCAAUGGACCAAUCGGAGUGCCUUGUUUGAUCACAUGUAAAUAUGGCUGGUUUGUUAUUUUUGUGUUACAUUUUGUGUGUUAACUUUCGCAAGCGUGUAUUGGUCUUUGCGCGUGUUCGUUUACAUUUGUUAGUUUACAUUUUAUCAGAUAUUAUAUUAACAAUGAUAAAUUGAUAUCGGGAUUUCUUUUAAGCAUCAUUAUUUAUAAUAUUUCUUUAUAUUGAUUUCUUCUCUACUAUUUUAGUAUUUAUCUUCCUGUCGCCAUUCAUGUUGUGAUAUUGGCACCAGAUAUGUGUGCGAGACUGAGUGCAUUUACUGCUGGUUCAGCCUGCUGACCACUGAUUGGUCAACGCGCAACAGGUGUGCAGCCUCGGCCAGAGUCCAAUCAGACUCAGGGACUAUGUAAGGGAUAAUGUAUAGAACGCCGGUCAUUAU